GUAAAUUCCUUUCACUUUUCUUUUGUCUUUUUCUUUUUCCUUCAUGCAGUUCAUUUUUCAUUUCAGAAACCCCUCCUUCAACCAUGUAAAUUUUCUGUCUUUUGCAUUUUAAGCAACCUGGCCUAUUAAUUCGUAUCUGUAUCAUCACCCUUUUCUCUCUGCCUUUCUGUUUUGGCUUCUCCAUGUAAUUGGUAUAGAUAUAAUGAUAGAAAUGCAUGUGUUUUUCAAAGGGUGCCUUGCAUUUUCAUGGCAUGUGUGAUCCAAAUCCAUGAAUAGGCCACUUAGUAAUGGAGCUUUUGGGUUCACUGUGGAGAGGAGGACGAAGGUUUAUUAAAAGGAAAGACAGUGAUGCUGGUGAUACAGGUAAAGCACUGGAAGAACUCAGAGCUUCACUCUACAAUGAGAUCCGAACCUCAGAAGGAGCAAAGCGACAACAGCAAAAAUAUUGUGGACCAGUGGUGGCACUGUCCUUCAACUUUAUGGUUGCUGUCGGAAUUAUCAUGGCAAACAAAUUGGUGAUGGGUAAAGUUGGCUUCAACUUCCCAAUUUUUCUCACAUUUGUACACUACAUCACUGCAUGGCUUCUGCUUGCCAUUUUCAAGACACUCUCGGUGCUUCCUGUGUCUCCUCCAUCCAAAACAACUCCAUUCUCUUCUUUAUUUGCACUUGGUGCUGUCAUGGCCUUUGCCUCUGGCCUUGCAAACACUAGCCUCCAGUAUAACAGUGUUGGUUUCUACCAAAUGGCUAAGAUUGCUGUCACCCCUACAAUUGUUCUUGCGGAGUUCAUUCUUUUUAGAAAAACCAUUUCUUUUACAAAGGUUUUGGCUUUGGCUNAUCUUAUUGAAAGGAUUGUUAGAAUAUAA